GCAGACAUUACGGUAGACGAUCGGCAGCAACUGCGCUUUUAUUCCGCUGGUUGUUCCGCCGCUCGUCUCAUUGCACAACAACCCGCGUCCUUCAUUCACACAGCAACUCAACGAUGUCGGCACUCCACAGAAAGAUCAUCAACACUACCUCAGCCCCGGCUGCCAUCGGUCCAUACAGUCAGGCGGUGGUUGCGGACAGGACCAUGUACAUCUCCGGUCAGCUGGGGAUGGACGUGGCCUCCGGUCAGCUGGUGGAUGGAGGAGUCCAGGCCCAGGCCAAACAGGCUCUCAUCAAUAUGGGGGAGAUCCUUAAGGCUGCUGGCUGUGACUACGGCAACGUGGUGAAGACAACGGUGCUGCUCGCAGAUAUAAACGACUUUAACGGCGUCAACGACGUCUACAAGACGUUUUUCAGCAGUAACUUUCCUGCCAGGGCUGCCUACCAGGUUGCAGCUCUCCCCAGAGGUGGACUGGUGGAAAUUGAGGCGGUUGCUGUUCUCGGUCCUCUCUCAGACUCCUGACUAGCCGGCCCCAUCACAAACAAGUUGUAGUCUAACCACUGAGUGGCCUUAAAGUUAUAGCUGCAGAAGCCUUGUUGUGUUUCCAGAUGACACGUGAAAGACCAAUCUGAAUACUGUUUUCAGUAUCAUACCAGUGAGAACUUUACAACUCACCAGCAUUUAGUUUGUGGCUUUAGGUCAUUUCACACCUGACGUACUGUACUUGAAACCGAUUUGCAAUCAUAAUAACAUUCCUGAAAGCCUCAGUGGAAAGAUUUGGUAUCACAUCGACUUUCUUUGAAGCCGUUCUGGUUUGAUAUCUUGUCUUCCCCUUUGUCCCAUUAAAACUAAUACACAUUUGGAAAAACUGCUCUCACUGAAUGCAAUAUAAUCCCAGACCAUUAAACCGUUACCCUCUAAAAUAUUCAUCUGUUCUUUAAUGAAAUAAAGAUUAUAUGAAGAUGA